CACCUGUUUCUAGUUGCAGUAAGCAGUGGGGAGAGCGGUAUAAAGCGACCACGCCAGUGACGAGACAGAGAGAGAGAGCUACCAGACACAAAGGACUGUGCUGAGUGUAAUCUGUUGUGUGAUCCUGAGUGUUGUGCUGAAAAGCCUUUUUGAGUUGUUCUUAAAAACCAUACCUUUGAGUUGAAGAACCCAGUUCCUGUGUCCGCCUUUCCCACCCUACGUCAAAUCCUUUACAGGAUGCUAUAGCGGACAUUAUUUUGAACAGUCCACUGGCUUGAAAGAGAAAACAUCUAUGAGUUUUCUCUUUCAAGCCAGUUACUCUCAUGGCACAGCAACAGUUAGAAUAGAAUAUUGCUGAGUAAGUAAGAUGAAGUCAAUACAUUUAUAGAAAUGUACCUAGCCCUCCUCAAGUCAAGUCAAGUUAAAUUUAUUUGUAUAGCACUUUUCACAACAGACAGCAUUACAAAGCAGCUGUACAGGAAAUUAUGCUAAGACAUUUAUGUUAAGAACUAUUAGUGGUUAAAAUGAGUAAACUAAGUAAGUGUUGUGGGUCAAUGGUUAAACAAAAUGAUUUUGUAUGCACUAUAAUUUUAGUGUUAAAGUCCUUUAAGUCAUCCCAAAUUAAGUGAGGAAAUACACGUUGAUGCCAUGUCUUUGAUUUUGGCGAAUGGAGGCUUUUGUUAGCGGUUAAUUCAUUUUCUAUGUAGUUCAUUUUUUUAAGAGAGUGUUGUCCCUCCUUUAACCAAGAUGAUAUAGGUAUCAUUCAGUGAGGAGCAUCGCAGUCCAGCUGGAAGCUUAUGGCAUAUCAUUUUGGUGAACUCCAUCCUGAGCCCAUGCUUCAGACAGUGGCUCAUGAAGAAUCCCAUGUCUUUCAGUUUGCAUCAGUUCAUCCUCUGUGAAGUCCAUCUUAGUAAACUGAAGUGAAGUCUGAUUGGCACAUGCUGCAGUUUGUCAUCAUCACUCAGCAACAUGCAGCAGUAGAAGUCAGACAUCAGGCAGGACCAGAGAUGGAUCUGGCAGGCUCUGGAGUCGGUGUUGUUCUGGGAGCCGGACAUUUGCUGGAUUCCAUCUCUAAGAUAAAGUUACCUAGUGUUGCAGACUGCUUGUAGACGCUGUUGAAUAGCAGAAGCACUGAGGCAAGGUUCUCGGGAGCAUGCAUAAAUGUCACAUUCUUUGGAUUUUCCCAGCAAAAGCAACCCACUCCCUUCACAUGAAAUUCAGUCUACAGGCUUUAAUAAGCAACCUAGGAAGUCCGGGAAGGGUUCAUUUUUUAAGUUGCGUUACAAGCCAUUCACACAUUGGCAAAAACAAAAGGCGAAUAUUACAUGAAAAAUGUUACAUAUUGCACCUUUAAUGAAGUGCAUAUUUUAAAUCAAGUGAAAGUAAUAUACAAUGGGUUUAUUUUAUAUGAAAAUAAAUGGUGUAAUUUGGUAAUUUAGAGGUAUAUUAGGUAUAAAUACCAUUUCAAUUACAAAAGAAAUGCUUAGGUUUAGUGUUAUUACUUUAGUGAAGUUAGUUUUAUUACAUUUCUUAAAAAAAUAAAUAAAUAAAAAAAAUACAUAAUUACUGUAUCUGGUGAAAUUUGACCAGAAUGCAAAGAGUGUCGGCCUGUAACAAACACUGUAGAGGGGCUAAAUAAUAACACAUUCAGUUUAAUAGCGCAGACUUUUGAAAGUCACUCUAUCGCCCCCUUGAGUACUUAUGUUUGUUAGGUACCGCCACAGUAACACAAGAAGCAUGUUCAGUGAGUUUAAACAGACUGCACGUUGACCAAGCGCUCGCAUCUGCAUUUGCAUGCUUGUUUGCAUAGUUCAUAAGAGACAGUUGUUCUUUUUCUUGUUCUUGUUCUUGUUCUUGAAGGCAGGUGUGUUUGGGGAGGUUGUGGAUAACCGUAAUGGAACUUACUCUGUUGCUUUUCUUCUGCCAUGGGAAGGCCAGGCACAAGUGUCUGUACGUUUGAUGCACUCCAGUGAGGUUGUACAGAUACUUAAAAAAUACGGUGAGUCAUCAUUCCCACGAAGCCACUAUAAAGGUCACUUUGAGGGGCCAGGACCAAAUGGAGCCUGGAUCAGAGAAGUAGUAGAAUGUAAUCUUAAAUGGGGCCCAAAUGGAAGUUGGAUUAAAGGUAACUGCUGCUGUGAGUAUAAGGAUGCCAAAACAGGGACGGUGUGGCAGUGUGAGAGACCAAAGGCACUGUCCUGUGACUACUGGGUGUUUCAUGAAAAUGGACAUUUUCAAAGCCCAUUAAAUCCUUUUGAGAAGAAACUAUUUGCAAGGACGGUUACAAACAAACAUAUUACUGGAGACACACGUGCCAUAAAUGUCCUCCCCAACAAUGCAGACCUCGGCUCGAAGGACAGAUGUAGAUCUGGCCUGACAACACCAGUUCCCGCAGGGUUCUAUUUUCAAGAUGUCUGGAAGUCUUUUGUGUGUAAAACUAAACACUUCAGUCGUACAGAAAUGGGAAAUUGUCUUAAAAACAAGAUUGUCUACAUGAUGGGAGAUUCCACCACAAGGCAGUGGUUUGAGUAUUUCCUACGAACUGUGCCAGGCCUGAAAAGAAUGGAUCUCCACACAAAUCCUAAGAAUGGACCCGUGAUGGCUGUAGAGUUGAAAAAUAAUAUUAUUGUUCACUGGAGAGCACACGGUUAUCCUCUGCAAUUCCGUAAAAUGCCAGCUGCUGAUCUGCAUUAUAUCAGCAAUGAAAUUGACUAUAUAACAGGUGGCCGUCAUACAGUUGUUGUCUUCACAAUCUUUGCCCACCUGGUUUUUCAUCCGAUAACAUUCUAUGUGCAUAAAGUUGCCAAAAUUCGUCAGGCUGUCCUUGCGCUACUGAAACGUGCACCCACGACUACUGUCAUCAUCAAGUCUGGCAACACUGGCUUUACAAAGGAUGAAUAUGGAAAUGACUGGUACAGGAUGCAGCUGAACACUGUGAUGAGGGAGAUGUUCAGAGACAUUGCAGUGGUCUACUUGGAUGUCUGGCAAAUGACUUCCUGUCACUACACAGUUGAAGACAUUCAUCCAGCUGGUGUGAUUGUCAGCAAUGAGAUUGAUAUGUUACUAUCAUAUAUCUGUCCUAGCUGAAACCUUAUGUAAAUACUUGAAUUAUUGUUGAAUCUUGCCUUGCUUUUAUGUAGGUGGUUACACAAAUGACAUGUGGGCAUGUUAAAUUAAAGGCCUUUUCUACAAAUAUUUACCUUAGGUGUAACAUAUAAACACUAUGUUUAAAGACACAUUUUUAUGACCAUAGACCAGGGCAUCGCAACCAUGUUCAAAUAACUUUUAGACUGCAAUAUAGUCUCUUGUUUGUUCACUUUAAAAGUACAAAUUCCAUCUAGAUAUGCAAGGGUGCGCCUUAUGCAAUUUAAGAUUCUACAUAGACUUUAUUGGACCCCUUGUAAAUUUUAUAGGCUUGGUCUUAAGGACACACCCACCUGCUGGCGAUGCCAUUUAGAAGAUGGCGACACAACCCAUGUUUUUUGGGGGUGUCGUAAGAUACAGGAGUUCUGGUUGAGGGUCCAGAAUUUAUGGCCGAAGUAUUAGGUACUCGGAUCUCCUUUUGCCCCAGGCUCUGUAUUUUGGGUGAGGGGGGCGGUCAUUGAUGUAGGAGAUAAGUACAUGAAGAAUUGGAUCAUGGCCGGUGUUAUGGUGGGCAGACAGGUUAUCCUUAGAGGAUGGAAGUCAGCUGGAGCCCCCUCGUUUCGUGAGUGGUGCGAGGAGAUGGGCAGGGUGUCAGCUUGGGAAGAGUUGUCAUAUAGAAGGCUAGGCAACAUGGAUAUGUUCAUCAGGAGGUGGGGCAGCUAUUUGGCCUUUUUGAAGGGCUCUCGGGGAGGGGCAGUGGAGGGAGACAUGUUGUUUUAAAUGUGUAUGUUGUAGCCUUUUUGUUUUUGAACAUAUCCUUUUUUUUUUUUAAAUGUAUUUCUAAAUAUUUUCUUCUGUUUUAUUGUUUGUUUGUGUGUCUUUGUCAAUUGUAUUUGACCACUGGGGUAUCUGUUUGUGUUGGGUAUAUAUAUAUAUAUAUAUUUGUUUUAUAUAUAUAUAUAUGUUAUAUGGAAUCAAUAAAAACUUUUAAUAAAAAAAAAAAGAAAUAAAAAAGUACAAAUUCACCCCAUCCCCAGGUCCACCACUGCUGGUUAAAUUCAAAUCCCACUCACUGCUGGAUGCCAAUUUGUUAUGCAUCUAGACUGAUACAAUAAAAAAAAACAAAAAAAAAAAAAACAUUUAAAGCAGUGCUGUUGCCAUUAAUGCAUUAAUGCAUGUGAUUAAUUUAAAAUGUAUAACACAAAAAUUUUUUCUUAAUCGCGAUUAAGGCAUGUACUGAUUUGACAUUAGAUUCUGACAUUUUAUUCAGCUCCGUGUGAGUUCUGAACACUCGUUAGAGGGUGAAACCCUUGUGAUGUGUCCAUCGGGGACAUUACACACUACAAACAAACACACCACAGUGAGUCCGUGCUGUAGAAAGGACUUCUUAAAACAAAUGCUGAUGAGACUCAGUGUUUGUUUUAUAAGUUUUUACAAAGUCAGCAUUUUACACCAUAACAUAAUUUCAACUUUGUACCUGUUGCUGCCGAGCUUCUGAAGCAUGAGCUAAUGAUUACCAGACAAUUCGGAUGAAUUAUUUUUCCAUUUGCAGUGCCAGCGCUAAAAGCAGAACAAGACGCACUUUUCAUAUGGAGUUCAACGCGGCGCUUGAUGCCCUGAAACAAACUAUGCGCAUUCUAUAUUCAAAGUGAAAACACAGCCUGAUGACGAUAAAUAUUGUGGAGGAUGAGGGUUUAAAGAGAUUUAAUUUGCAUUGCAAUGAAUAGUAGUACUAUCGAUCAGUCAACAUCCCACUUAGACUUUGGUAAAUGUUUAAUGUUACUUGAAUUGGUGCUAUUGUAGUGAAUUUCUGUCUUUGUACUGUGGAGUUCGGAAAAUGUUAAUUAAGCAUUAUUGUUACAUAUUGUUUUGUUAUAUUGUGUUGUUCUUUCCAAAGAAGGAAAUAAAUGCAUUCUGACAGGAAAUAAGUAAAUAUA